UAAAAUUUUUAUGGAGCAUGCGUUUUUGGCAAAUUAAAACCACAUAAUAGCCUGUGGAUGUGUUAUUCGGUUUUUCCAUAUUCAUGGCCACAUAUAUUUUACAUUUAGAUAUUCUUUCAAGGUAAGAUCACUUUCCUGCAGUUUCCUCUGCUCUGUGUUGGAAUAGAGGCAGGAUCAGCCUUCUCUGCCCUUUUUCUGUUCCACCCCUUGCUCUGCAGGCAGGGAGGACACCGCUUGUGAAUUUCCCACACCCUGCGCUGCGAACAUGUACAGCGGUGUCUCUGGCCAAGGCUGAGAGGAGUUAAUAUUUUCCCAGCUGUAUGUCUCCUCAGUCCAGGGGGAUGCGAUUGUGAGUGAACGUCAUGCUGAGCACGAUCUGCUGCUGUGUGCUCCCGCUGUUGGUGCUUCUGGGCCCUGCACAUGGGGGUCCUGGAGUUGCCGACGUCAGGGCCUGGCUCAUCGAGAACGAGAACACCCUGUGGGGUGCGGACCAGUACGACUUUGCCAUUGUGCUGCCGGCCUCGGGAACGGAGUGUAUCUGGCAUUUUGCCCAUCGUGGAGGACGCUUCUACCUAAAUUACAUGGUGCAGUGGGUGACGGGGGUGGCCAAUGACAGGCAGCUGUCUGUUACUGUGAACGCUCCUUCGGGCCUCCUGGUUUCCACGGCCGAUGAUGCCACCAAACAAAUAAACUUCCAGGCUCAGGAGAGCGGUUUUUACCAGAUGUGUUUCAGCAACUUCCACAAUCGCUUUGGGAGCAUGCAGAUCUUCCUCAACUUUGGCGUGUACUAUGAGGGCAAAGAGGAGCAGCAGAAGCAGAAGGAGGAGCAGCAGAAACAGCUGAACGACACGCUGUCCACCAUCGAGGGCAGCUCCAAAAGGCUGCAGCUCUAUGUGUUCCACAUGUGGCGAUUCUACAACUUUGCCCGCAUGAGCAAAGGGAAGGACUACUACGUGCUUCUGGCCAACUGGCGCUACGUGACCUGGUGGUCCGCUGCUCAGAGCGUGGUCAUCCUGGCGGCCGGAUACCUGCAGCUCUUCUUCCUCAAGAGGCUCUUCCACAGCCGGACAGGCGCGAAGGACAGCAGGCCCUGCUGCUGAACCACCUCCAGGGUUAUGUAUGUGAGCAGUCUUGGGUGCCUCCCAUCGGUUGAAGUCAGUUUUCCAAAAUUCCCCUUUUAAAUACUGCCUCUGAAUGGGAUGUUUCACAGCUACUACCUGCAAAGAAUUGGUGGAACUGACAAACAGAGCUUGGAAAAUGUCCCAGUAUGAAAAACAAACAAAAGGACAGAGGAAAGAAGUUGUAAUUGUAAAUGUAAUUCUCCACUAUAUGUGAAAUACUGCCCAUCCUGUCCAUACUUUAGCGCUUGGUACAGUAGAAAUGCUCUUUUAAACACGGAUGGAGAGGCAUAUUAACUCUUCUGGGUCCAAAUGAAUACUGGCCGUUGGGAAAAAUAAUUACCAGCUGAUGCUAAUUUGCAACGUCUGUCUG